AACAAACGUUUUACUUCAGUGAACUUAUACAAUUUAAUAAUUGUAUUUCGGUGUUAUUCGAGUUUCCGAGAACCUCGUGUGAUUUGACCGCUCCGCGCUGCCGUCGCUCCACAACAACACGGCAGCGCGCCGUCAGAGGGUUUGGGUUAGCCCGCUGAUACAGACAGACAGACAGACAGACAGACAGACAGACCGACAGGCCCCCCCCUGGACCCCACGAAACACCCGGUCAUGGACCCCUAGCAUCCCGGCUCACUGACCAUCAUCAGCUCAUUCCCGCCGGGGGUGAACAUCAGCAUUGUCAUGGCGACGGCGCUAUCCCACUGAUGGAGUCAGUGAAGAACAGCGGUGAGCAGGAGGCUGGCCCUGGGGAGCGGGGGCUGGCCCACCUCUGGAGGGGCUACGCCUGCAGCCUGGCCCCAGAGAGGCUGUUCCUCUCCCGGCCCGUGGUCCAGGCGAGCCUGGGGACCCGGCACGGCCUCCUGCUGUUGGAAGGCGGUCAGGUAUACAGCUUCGGUGUGUCUCCAUGGAAACAGCCCCCCUCCCCCGGGCCCCGCCCUCCGGCCCUGGAGCCCUCCCUCAGCGGGCGGCGGGUGGUCUCCGUGGCGACGGGCUCCUCCCACUGCGGCGCCGUGACGGAGGACGGCGGCGUCCACAUGUGGGGCGCCAACGGGGCAGGGCAGUGCGGGCUGGCAGGCCCCGCCUCCAUCCCCAACCCCACCCCCGUGGCCCUGCUGCUCCCGGGCGGCCCCGCCCACAGCGCGCCCGUCCUGGAGCUGGCCCUGGGCCACGCCCACUCCCUCGCCCUCUCCGCCCAGCGCGAGGUCUGGGCCUGGGGGCGCGGGCCCCAGCUGGGGCUGCUGGGCUCCACCCCCUCCUCCGGUGGCUCCGCCUCCUCCUCCGGGGGUUCCGCCUCCCCCUCCGGUGGCCCCGCCCCCUCCUGGCGGCCGCGGCGGGUGGAGCACCUGGCCGGGCGCCACGUGCUGCAGGUGGCGUGUGGCUCCGCCCACAGCCUGGCGCUGGUGCGCUGCCAGGGGCCGCGGGGGGGCGGGCGGGGCCCCGGGGCCCCCCUGGAUGCGUGCGGCCGCUGCCACCAGCUGCUCUACACCAUGACGGACCGCGAGGACCACGUCAUCAUCUCCGACUCGCACUACUGCCCCCUGGGGGUGGAGCUGACUGAGGAGGGGGAGGAGCCACGGCCCAGGGGGGCGUCGCCCGCACGGAGCCUCAGGACCUCCCCCUCCAAGCCCCGGCUCCCCGAGGGCCGCGCCGCCGAGACGCCGCUGGGCGUCGCCGCCCCGGCCGGUGAAGGCAUGGCCCCGCCCCCUGUGGUGGCCCCUCCCCCCGCUGGGGCUGACCCAGCCCCUGGCGUCGGGGAUGGGGCCGCCUCCCCCUAUCCCCACGAGGACGCCGUCCGGGAGUACCUGAGGAGGCUGUCAGACCACGCCCUUAUCGAGCCCUUAGGCCACGCCAACAUGGAGCCGUCAGACCAUGCCCUUAUCGAGCCAUUAAGCCACGCGCACAUGGAGCUGUCGGGCGACGCCCAGUUAGAGCCGUUAAGCCACGCCCACAUUGAGAAUCCAGACCACGCCCAGACGCAGCAGACGGCCACUGUAGAGCUCUCAUCAGAACCGGCCCCGCCCGGCCACGGCUCCCCCCUCCCGGCCCCGCCCCCCGGCCCCGCCCACCACCCCGGCUUCGCCCUCAACAGCCUGGUGACGUCGUGUGCGUCGGCGGUGGGCGAGCGCGUGGCCUCCACCUACGAGGCGCUCUCCCUGAAGAAGAUGAUGCACUACUACCUGUCCUCCUCCGGGGGGCCCGCGGGCUGCGGGGCCCCUGGCUGCAGGGGGGGGGCGGCCCUGGAAGAGUCGAUGCAGGCCAGGAAGAGCUCCAGCACUGGGGACAUCCGGGCGGAGGAGGCGGAGGGCCGGCGCCGCCUCUCCCUCCCAGGGCUCCUCUCUCAGGUCUCCCCCCGCCUGCUGAGGAAGUUGGGGCGGCCGCGGGGCCCAGCGGUGGCCCUCACCCAACUGGGCGGCUGCAUCCCUGGGAGCCAGGAGCUGCUGCCCCCCCUGCAGACCGAGGUGUGGAGCUGGGGCCACGGGGGGCGGGGCCAGCUGGGCCACGGAGACCACCUGGCCAGGCUCCAGCCGCUGUGCAUCAAGAGUCUGAACAACAAGGAGGUGGUCCGCGUGGCGGCGGGGGACCACCACUCCGUGGCCCUCACCGCCGGCUCACAGGUGUUCUCCUGGGGCAGUAACAGUUCAGGUCAGCUGGGCCACAUGGAGUCUCCCACCACCGUCCCCCGCCUGGCAAAGUUCUCAGAGGGGAUCCGGGUGUGGGAUGUGGCAGCGGGGGGGAGCCACAGCGUGUUCGUGGCCGACGGGGACUGUGUCCAGCCCAUCCUCUACUACAGCGGAAGGCAGGAGCAGGGGGAAGAGGGGGAGGAGGAGGGGGAGGAGGGGGAGGAGAAGGCCGGUGUGUACACCCAGCAACCCGUCCUGCUCCCCUUCUGCAUGAACCUGGGCUACACCAGCAGUGUGUGUGCGGGCGGCGGUCGCUGCCUGUCCCUCUCUGACCGUAACGUGAUGGGCUUCAUCGCCGGCCUCCACGAGGUGGCAUCCGCCGAGAGGAGGUUCUACUGCCGGCUGACUGCCAUCAAGACCGGGGCGCUGCGCCCUCUGCUGGAGGCCGAGUCCCUGAGCCCCACUCUGGGGGCGGUCCUGCUGGGGCUGCUCCAGACCCUGGUGGGGGGGUUCAGCCUGCUCUACACCCUGACGGGGCAGCACUCCGCCAGCCUGACCUCCGCCCUGCGGCGGGGCCGCGACCUCCAGACUCUGCUCCUCCUCAACCACGCCCACAUCUUCCUGGACGCCUACCGGCAGUACUGUACCUACCUGGGUAACUUCCAUGUGAUGGGGGGCUUCCAGGCUUUGAGCAAACCCGCCCUGGAGGUGUUCGGUAAGACCUUGGAUCCCCUGCUGCGGCUGUCUGAGAGCCCAGAGGAGGGUCCGGCCUCCGACCACCUGAUGGCGCUGUUCGCCCUGCCUCUGGGACACCUGGGGGAGUACGGCCGCCUGCUGCUCAAGCUGGCCACCUGCUACGAAGUGUCCUCCAGUGAGUACCAGCGGCUCCACUCUGCCUGCUCUCAGUUUGAGGCUCUGACUCUUCACCUGAAGAAGAGGAGGAAGGAGGCAGAGUACACUCACCACUUCUGGAAGAGCUUCCCCGGCAAGAUGACGGACUCCCUGCGGCGGCCUGGGCGUCGUCUGGUGUGUGAGAGCAGUAACAAGGCCCUCAGUCUGCUGAACGCCAGCCGCUUCUCCGUCAACUGGUUCAUCCUGUUCAGCGACGCUCUGGUGCACGCUCAGUUCUCCACCCAUCACGUUUUCCCGUUGGCCACUCUGUGGGUGGAGCCUAUUUCGGAGGAGAACUCUGAACAGUACGGUCUGAAGGUGAUCUCCCCGGAGGAGACCUUCACUCUGCUCGCCUGCUCCCCCAUCGAGAAGGCCAAGUGGCUGCGUGCCAUCAACCAGACGGUGGAUCUGGCGCUGGGGGGGGCGGGGCCUGACCCCGUCACUCUCAGCCCGGGGGCGGGGCAGAAGGCGGAGCCUCCCAUCUCGAGGACGGCCUCCUACACCUUCCACAAGGACGCCCGUCUGAGGGAGGCCACGUACGAGGGCCGCUGGUUGGCAGGCCGGCCCCACGGCAGGGGGGUCCUGAAGUGGCCGGACGGACGGAUCUACACAGGCUCCUUCAAGAUGGGUCUGGAGGACGGCUAUGGUGAGUUUGUGUCCCCCACUAAGAACGCUGGCAUUCAGGAGCAGUACCUGGGCCACUGGAAGGAGGGGCGCAUGCACGGCGCUGGGACCUACAGGUACUCCAGCGGGGAGGUGUACGAGGGCUCGUUCCGGGACGGCGUUCGCCACGGCCACGGCAUGCUGCGGAGCGGCCGGCUCACCUCCUCCUCGCCCUCCGUCUUCAUCGGCCGCUGGGUCGCCGACCGCAAGGCCGGCUACGGCGUCUACGACGACAUCACCAGGGGGGAGAAGUACAUGGGGGUGUAUCAGGAGAACCAGCGUCAGGGCUCCGGGGUCAUCGUCACCCAGUUUGGCCUCUACUACGAGGGGACCUUCAAGGACAACAAGAUGGGGGGUACGGGGGUGCUGGUAGCAGAAGACGACACGACCUACGAAGGAGAGUUCUCUGAGGACUGGACGCUCUACGGGAAGGGGGUUCUCACCAUGCCUAACGGGGACUACCUGGAGGGGUCCUUCAGCGGGGAGUGGGGGUCCGGCCUGAAGAUCAGCGGCACCUACCACAAGCCCUUUGACCCCGAGAGGAGACGGCCCCCUCCUCUGGGCCGGCUGUGCGUGUGUGCGGAGGACAAGUGGCCCUCGGUGUUUGAGGAGUGCUGGGCGGCCCUCGGCUGCAUGGCCCCCGGCCAGGGGCCCCCCUCCAGGGCCUGGGAGGGCAUCGCUGUGGCCCUCACCGCCAGCAGGAGACACCUGCAGGACAGCCCAGAGGUCAUGACCCGCAGUAUGAGCCGGACCCUGGAGAGCCUGGAGGUCAUCCCCCAGCACAGCGGGCCAAUCACCAUGGAGCGCUACACCAAGAUCCGCCUCUACCUCAUCAAGGCCUGUGACAGCCCGCUGCACCCCCUGGGCCGGCUGCUGGAGGUGCUGGUGGCCGUAUACAGGAUGACCUACGUGGGCGUGGGGGCCAACCGCCGGCUGCUGCCCCAGGCCGUUAGCGAGAUCAAGUCCUACCUGGACCGCCUCUUCACCAUCGUCAGGUUCCUGUUCCCUGACCUUCCAGAGGAGGGCGGUGUCAUCCCAGAGACUCCCUCCUCCCCCCUCCCCCAGGAGAAGACCUCCUCCCCAGGGUCCGGCCCCCCGGCCCCGCACUCCCCCAGGCCGGUGCGGGUGGUCUCCUCGUCCUCCCUGCUCCUCCCCCUGCUCCUCCCCAGGCUGUACCCUCCUCUCUUCACGCUGUACGCCCUGUGUGGGGAGCAGGAGGAGGACCUCUACUGGGACUGUGUGCUGAGGCUGAACCGCCAGCCAGACCUCGCCCUGCUGGCCUUCCUGGGGGUGCUGCAGAAGUUCUGGCCCAGUUCCAUCCCAGUGUCCUUGCCUCUACUGGGAGAGAACCAGCAGAUCCUGUCCACCACUAAGGACGCCUGCUUCGCCUCCGCCGUGGAAACCCUGCAGCAGAUAAGCACGACCUUCACCCCCUCUGAUAAGCUGAAGGUCAUCCAGCUGACCUUUGAGGAGAUCACACAGGAAGUGCAGUCACUGCUGAGGGCCGACUUCCUGUGGUCCAUGGACGACCUGUUCCCCGUGUUCCUCUACGUGGUGCUGAGGGCCCGCAUUAGGAACCUGGGGUCAGAGGUUCGCCUGAUUGAGGACCUGAUGGACCCCUGUCUCCAACACGGAGAGCACGGCAUCAUGUUCACCACACUGAAGGCAUGUUACUAUCAGAUCCAGCAUGAGAAGAUCACCUAACGCCCCUGAUACACUACGACGACCUCUGACCCCUCCCACCCCCCUCCUGGAGGGGGUCCCUGGAGCCGUGCAGCAUGUGACCGCCGUCAGCCAAUAGGGGAUCAGAAGAGGGGGAGGAGACCGUCUGGGGUGGCGGGGCCAGAGAGGUGGAGCUCCACCUUCGUGACCACACCCACCCCCGCCCACUCACUGACACUUAAACUACCAGCACAACCCCCCCGCCCGCUCAGACCAGUUCUGGACCUGAUACUGGACGCACAAACCCUGUGACCCUUGACCCCUGGAGCCCCCACCAAGUCCACCCCUGUGACCUUUGACCCCUAGAGCCCAACUGAGGCAACCCCCGUGACCUUUGACCCCUGGAGCGCCACCAAGUCCACCCCCGUGACCUUUGACCCCUGGGCGGCCCAUCAGGGUCCACCCCUUUGACCCCUUCGGGCCCCUCCAAGUCCACCCCUGUGACCUUUCACCCCUGGGGGCCCCCACCAAGUCCACCCCUGUGACCUUUCACCCCUGGGGGCCCACCAAGUCCACCCCUGUGACCUUUCACCCCUGGGGGCCCCCACCAAGUCCAGCCCUGUGACCUUUGACUCCUGGGGGCCCCCACCAAGUCCAACCCCGUGACCUUUCACCCCUGGGGGCCCCCACCAAGUCCACCCCUUGACCUUUGAACCCUGCGGGCCCCCACAAAGUCCAACCCGUGACCUUUGACCCCCAUGGGGCCCCCACCAAGGCUCCCCCGACCCUGAGGGUUUCUGUCCACUCGUGAUGUCAGAGGUUCCUCUAUGGAGGAGAACCUCCAGAUGAGCGGAGCAGCAUCCUGUGUGUGGUUUUGUUGGACUUGUUUAAGAUGUAUGUACUGUAUGUUCUGAUUGAUGUCCAGCUGGACUACGUGUUACGUGUGUGCAAACUGUACCAUGGUGUGAAGAACAGUGAUGCAACGGUCACAUUGGAGGAAGAUGUUUCUAACAUGUCUUCUGUAGUGUCUGGUCUAAGACCUUCGGGAUCUCAACCACCAGUCAAACCAUCCUUGGUUCCUCUGUUUCCCAGUACGUCAACGUAGUCUAGACUGGCCUGCUCCUCGACCCACUGGGGUUUCACCAGAGAGGACACGGUGACGGUCAAUGGAACCAAGUGGUGGUCUGAGGAGGUCUGGUCUGAGGAGGUCUUCAGCCCACCUGGAGAUAGAUGGACAAAGUGAGGAUGGUGAACACAAACCAAGUUACCAGACCGAGUGAGCAUUAGGAGGAACGUUGGAGAAGGUUUACAUUCUCAGUAUGCAUCCUUCAGGUCGUUCGUCUUGUUGGAAACUGACACCGGCGUUAUAACGACAUACAACAGAAGUACUUUUCUAGAAGCUCGCCUCAAAUACACGAGAACCUCACGAUGAGUUUGAGUUAAGUGUUCAUUAACGAUGAUUAACCGUAGCUCCCUGAGAACCCAAGGUUUCUAAGUGAGGGUUCUCCUCCUACGAUGACCUCAGCAAGGGGGGAGGUUCCACUUCAGAACGUCUAGCUCCUUGUGAGCCAAGGAGUAGUUCCUGAGUGUUACUCCACUCCUCUGUGAGGACGUCAGUGUAGGACAACCACAAGUCAUCACAGACCUGGUUAUGGUCUGCCCCUCUGAACCAGGGAGACAUGAGGCAGACUGACCUAGUUAGGAUAGGUCUACGACCAGAACGCUGUAGUUAGGAUAAGUCUACUACCAGAACGCUGUAGUUAGGAUAAGUCUACUACCAGAACGCUGUAGUUAAUUUAAGACCUCAACUGACUGUUAUGAGCAUUGAUGUCAUGCAACGACGUCUGUAAAAAGGGUUGAAAUAACGACGUGGUUGAUUUGGAAUUAAAUCGCAGCACAGGACUGACCUAAUUGGACUGAAGUCAUUGGUUAAUUGACCGCUAAUUGCGUGGUGACUGCACUUGACACUCUGUGAACCAAUUGAAAAGAAGCUGUAAUUAUAUACAAUUUAUUCACUGUUCGGUUUUAUUUUUUCACACAUCGUUUAUUAAGUUAUAUAAGUGCACCGACUAAUUAUCGAUAAUGACGUUUCAUUUUAAUUAAAAAUAUUCAUUUGUGCGAAGGCUCUCAGAAACGGUUGAGUAUGAACAUUUUUCAGUGUCGACAUGCAAUAAAGUCAUUUCGUUUGGGA